UCUCAUCGUCAGCUUCCUCUUAAACCUCUCCCGAGUUCGCAUAGAAAGUCGACUCAUCAGACCCGAGAAGGAAACACACCAUAAUGGCUGACGUGGUGCAGUACCGGCUAGAGCGCAUGGUGGAUGAGCUCGACGACCUCGAGCAGCGCGGGCUCUUCACGCGCCUCGAGAUCGCCGAGAUCGUCAAGCAGCGGCGUAAGUACGAGUAUCGGCUCAAGCGGCCGAGCCCGCUCAAGCAGGACUACCUGACCUACAUUGACUACGAGACCCAGCUCGACGCUCUCCGCCGCCUCAGGAAGAAGGCAGUGGCGCGUGAAGUCGGGGCCAAGGGCAACAAGAAAAAGAAGCAGUCCUUCUCGGACUUCGCCGGCGUGUCGAGGAUCGUGGAGAUUUAUCGGCUUGCGGUUACGAGGUUUAAGGGCGAUAUCGGUUUGUGGUUCAGGUACCUUGAGUUUUGUAGGCAGAGAAGGAAUGGCAGGAUGAAGAAGGUCCUGGCCCAGGUGAUAAGGUUUCAUCCCAAUGUCCCGGGAGUUUGGAUUUAUGCUGCAGCUUGGGAAUUCGACCAUAACUUAAAUGUUGAGGCGGCGCGUGCUCUCAUGCAGAGCGGUUUGAGAGUGUGCCCUACUUCAGAAGACCUGUGGGUAGAAUAUCUUCGGAUGGAACUCACAUACCUUAAUAAGUUAAAGGCCCGGAAGGUUGCACUCGGAGAGGAUGAGGGAACUUUGGUUCGUGAUGAUAGACUUGUUGAUGAAAAACAAUGGAGAGAUGAAAACAAGGAGUUAUUUAUGUCUCUUCAAGAUGAAAAAGAAAAUGAUGUUGGAUUGAAUGUCGAAAACAAGGAUUCGAAGAUGAAAUUAGAUUUGUUUCGACAGCAAGGAUUGAGUGUUCUACGGACUGUCUAUAGUACAGCUGUUGAAGCUAUCCCUUCUAGUUUUAGCCUGAGAAAAAGGUUGUUUGAGAUAUUGGAAGCAAUGGACCUAGCACAGUCAGAAGAAAUGCGUAAGGAAAUGCUAAAUGACAUGAAGAGAGACUUUUCAACAGAACCAGAAUAUUGGGACUGGCUUGCAAGACUGGAAAUUGUUGAUCCUGGAAGCACACAAGAGAUGAGUGAAGGAGAAACUGUGCUUUCGCAGACGCAAAUAGCAGUUCAGGUUUAUGAGGAAGCUUUAAAAAAUGUUCCUUCAGCCAUGAUGUUUAACCUGUAUACAAAGUUUUUGAUGGGUGUUAUUGCUCCCCAAGAAGAGGAGAACCAAAAUUCUGUGUUAUCCAAUCAUACUGUAGAUUAUAUGUCACAUCUCUUGACGGUAUAUGAGAAGGCUGAGACAAUGGGAUGCAUUACAGAGGAUCUUGCUUGCCAACAUAUUUCAUUUUAUUUGCAAUUGGGAAGAUUGGACGAAGCUAGGAAACUGGCAGAAAAGCUUUGCAGUGGAAAAUUAUCAGAUUCAGUACAGCUAUGGCUUUUACGGGUCUCAAUAGAAAUUAGAAGCGUCACAAAUGAUUCUCCUUCUCCAAGUAAAGCUGAUUUGCUAUCCAUCUUCGAACUCCUAAGAAAAGUUUUGACGGAAGUGUCCGUUUCAAAAGCUGAAAGCUUGUGGCUAAUGGCCCUCAAGUUCUUUGCAAAUCAGAAGCAUAUUUUUGAGAAGUUGGUAGAGAUGUCUCUUUUUUCAUUAGCUAAAGAUGGUGGCAGUGAUAAUGGAUUUUCCCUUUCUACUGCUAUCAUAAAUUUUGUUCUUCAAAAGGAUGGAAUUCAGCAUGCAAGGGAGAUAUAUAAGCGAUUUCUUGCUUUACCGCGUCCUGGUCUUGCUGCAUACAGAAACUGCAUUGAAUUGGAAUCAAAUCUUGCAUCUACUGGUGAUAAAGAUGGCCUUGUAAAUGCCCGGAAGUUAUAUGAAUCUGCACUUGCAACUUACGACCAGAACGUGAGCAUGUGGCAAGAUUACUAUUCGAUGGAGAUUAAGAUGGGAACAUCAGAAACAGUUACUGCUGUCCAUUGGCGUGCACGAAAGACUCUAAAAGACACAACUGCGUUCAUUGCAUCUUCAGAUUUAUGAUGAUUUCCCAAUUUUGAUCUCUUUUUUUAUUGUUUGAAUGUAUUUUAAGAGAAACAGAUGAAUCAUAUACACAACCAACACAAGUGAGAAGAUUUCAUUUUCUUUUUCUUC